AGACUGGUGAAUAUACAUUGCAAGUUCCAUUAUUUCACUAAUUAAUAAUAAAAUACAAAUUUGGGUUUAAUUUUUGAAGUUACACUAUAUUAUAAAGACUCCAUUAACUGAUUUAGCACCAAAUUUCAGCAAUCUGCAAACCAAGAUCCAAGAAGACAUCCGAGAGCUGCAAAGUGUCUCUCAGUAAAAUAAGAGAGAUGUCCUCUGCAGCUUUGCUGGAUGGCAAUGCCCAGCCCAAGUCCAUGAGCCGAGCCAGGCAGUGGACAGAUGAAGUGGAGAAUCUCUACAGGUUUCAGCAGGCAGGAUACAGGGAUGAGCUGGAGUACAGGCAAAUUAAACAAGUGGAGAUUGACCGCUGGCCGGAGACAGGGUUCGUGAAGAAGCUUCAGCGACGAGACAACACGUUUUAUUACUACAGCAGAAAGCGGGAGUGUGAGGACAGAGAUGUGCACAAGGUCAAGGUGUAUGUGUACUGACAUCAUCGACCCGCUCUGGCACUUCCUCUGUAUCUCAGUCUCUCCCUCUGUGUGAUGAUUAACGAAGACAACACUGCAUAAGCUGAUAGAUAAUCUAUAAUAUUGUACAGCUUGAUAUCAGAGUCUGAGAAUUAGUAAAAUAGAUUUCAUACAUAACAAAGCAGGACAACUGCUAUUAUUAUUAUUAUUAUUAUUAUUAUUAUUAUUAUUAUUAUUAUUAUUAUUGGUGCAUCACAUUUUUUUAAAUCUGCAGUCAGGGCACUGAUUAACUGCUGUGUGUGAACAUCUCAUCAUUAAAGCAAAGUGUGUUCAUGUUGCUAUUUUAAAGGCUUUAUCAUUAUCGUCUUUCUCAGAAAAGAAUCAGAAGAUAUUUUUCUAUGACUUUGAUGCCAAAACUGACAAACGGGGAAUAAAUUGAAGCUGUGUUCCUGAACUGUAGUUAGAGCGGCUCUUAUGAUCAGGUCUGGAUGAAGCCAUUUUGUGGCCUCGGGCCUUUUUCACACUCGUGACUCUCUCUUUCAGACUAAACACACACACUGACUUUAUUCUGUACCUAAACUAGCCUUUUUAAACAAACCUAAUAUUCUCUGACAAACACAUGAAACAAUAAUCACAA